CGCUGUCAUCAGUCAAAAACAGAGAGGCAUAUUACUCUUCUUCCCCAAUCUUCUUCUUCUUCUUCAUCUAUAUAUAUAUAUAUAUAAAAUAUAAUAUAAGAGGGAAAGUCUUUUUGUUCUUGAUUUGAAGACUAGGGUUUUUGAUUUUACUGAUCAAGAUCAACUAACUAUACGAUUCGACAAUGGCGAAACUAAGAAACACUUCUCGACAUCAAGCCAAGAGAUUGUCCACCGUCACUCUUGUCUUCGCCAUGCUUUUUAUGCUAACCUUAGUCCUCUUGAUGCUUCUCGCUCUAGGAAUUCUCUCUCUUCCUGUUAGCUCCGACGAUUCUCCUCCGAUGGGCAAUCGCAUCAACUUUGGCCGCAAAGCUGGGAUUUUGGGAGAGAGUGAGAGUGAGAGUGAGAGUGAGAGUGAUGAUGAUGAUGAUGGUUUGGGGAAGAGAGGAGAGCAGUGGACUGAAAUCAUUUCUUGGGAGCCUAGAGCUUUCAUUUAUCGCAACUUCUUGUCCAAGGAGGAAUGUGAAUAUUUGAUAAAACUUGCCAAGCCUCACAUGGUAAAGUCAACUGUUGUUGAUAGCACAACUGGUGAGAGUAAAGAUAGCAGGGUGCGUACGAGUUCUGGGAUGUUUUUGAAGAGAGGACGAGAUAAAACUAUCAGGGAAAUUGAAAAAAGGAUUGCAGAGUUCACAUUUAUUCCUGUAGAGCAUGGAGAAGGACUGCAAGUUCUUCACUAUGAAGUUGGGCAGAAAUAUGAACCUCAUUAUGACUACUUUCUUGAUGAGUUCAACACUAAAAAUGGGGGCCAACGGAUAGCGACACUACUCAUGUAUUUGUCAGAUGUAGAAGAAGGGGGUGAGACUAUCUUUCCUACAGCUAAGGGAAAUUUUAGUGCUGUGCCGUGGUGGAAUGAGUUGUCUGAAUGUGGUAAAAAGGGCCUUUCUGUCAAGCCAAGGAUGGGUGAUGCGUUGCUUUUUUGGAGCAUGAGGCCUGAUGCCACAUUAGACCCAUCCAGUUUACAUGGUGGUUGCCCUGUGAUUAAAGGAAACAAGUGGUCGGCUACUAAGUGGAUGCAUGUUGAGGAAUACACAGCCUAAGCCAUAUUUUUCAAGGGUACAUAAACAUGUUUUAUGCGGACCAUUGGUGGUUUGUGCGAUGAGGCAUUAGGAUACCAACCCUUACUCCAACAUAGUUCAGGUGCUUUCGCUAAAGCUGCUGCUGUAACUCUUCCUAACUUGGGAUGUCUUGAUGUGCUCUACAUUUUAAUGGGCUUCUAUUUUUCUUUCAAACUGGCACUGAGGUUGGGUCUUGUUGUUAGUCCACUUUUAAGGAAAAUAACUGGCUUGUUUUGGCCAAGAGGGAAUAUAUUCUUCACUUUAAAUUUAUAUAUAGAUUUGGUUACGGUAAUAGAAAAUAGGCAGCAGUUGAUAGGUUGAUAGCGAACUGUAACUUGAAAAUAAUAUUACUUGGUGAAAUACACAGGCCAUUUUUCUGCA